GGCGAGCCUGCCCUCGCCCUGGUCGCCCUCGACCGGGCGGGCGUGACGGUGGGCCCGCCCUCCGGCGCCGACCUCCGGGCGCCGGUGGCCGACGUGACCGUCGACGGGCUGGCCCUCGAUCCGCAGGCCGUACGCACGGGGGCCGACGUGCUCGACCACGAGAACCGGGCGGCCGUGGCGCACAGCCUGUUCCUCGACGCCGACGCGGUGGGCGGAGCGAGUGAGGUGAUCGCCCGCACCGUGCGGUACUGCCGCGAGCGGUCGCAGUUCGGGCGGCCCAUCGGGUCGUUCCAGGCCAUCCGGCACCGCAUCGCCGACGCGUCCGCGAAGGUCGAGGGGGCACGGUCGCUGCUCCACCGCUCGGCGUGGGGGCUGGCGGCCGGCACCGCGGGCGCCGAGGCCGACGUGGUGGCGGGUCGGUUGUGGUCGGCCGCGGCGUACGUGUCCGCGGUGCAGGCCGCCGUGCAGUGUCACGGUGGCAUGGGGUUCACCUGGGAGCAGGGAGUGCACGUGUUCUACCGUGCUGCGCUCGCCGGCCGGGCGCGCUCGGCCGAGGCGCGCUCGCGCGCAGCCCUGGCCGCGCACCUGCGCUCGUUGAGCGCGGACGCGGCGUCGCCCGACCCGACGCCGGACGGCUCGUCAUCGGCCGACCCGGAGCUCACGCUCGUGCAGGGCGGGGUGCGCUGA